CUGACGUAGCCGGAAGAGGAAGUCUUCCCAGCUGUGUUGUUGAUGUGUUUUGGCAGCUGCUCCUGCUUUGCCGGUUGAGGGGACAGGACACCCCUUGGAAGGAUGGUGUGUGAAAAAUGUGAAAAGAAACUUGGCAGAGUUAUCACUCCAGACACAUGGAAAGACGGUGCCCGGAAUACCACAGAGAGUGGCGGGAGGAAGCUGAAUGAGAAUAAAGCUUUGACUUCCAAAAAAGCAAGGUUUGAUCCAUAUGGAAAGAAUAAGUUCUCCACUUGCAGAAUUUGUAAAAGUUCUGUACACCAGCCAGGUUCUCAUUACUGUCAAGGCUGUGCCUACAAAAAAGGCAUCUGUGCGAUGUGUGGCAAAAAGGUUUUGGAUACUAAAAACUACAAGCAGACCUCUGUCUAGACGUGCUGGUGCGACUCUGACGUUCCAUGACUGCUUUGUGCUUCAGCUUUUCAAGGCAUGGCGUGGAUGUCCAUCUACAGAAUAGCCUGUUGAAGAUGAAUGGUUCCGUCGGAAGCAGAGAAGUUGAUCAGUAUUGAUUUGUCUGCUCUCACCAAGUUCCGAACAGCAGUGAUAUGACCAGUUUUCUGCCUUAGUGGUUAUUUUCCUUGUGAGCAUUUUACUGCACUAGAUAAGUGACAAAAUUAAUGAAUAAGGUGUUCCUGACUUCUGUACGCACUGUCUACUCAACAUUAUCCAUGUAAUGAAAAGCUGUUCCUGACUUCCGUACGCACUGUCUACUCAGCAUUAUCCAUAUAAUUCUUAUCUGAUCCAUGUGUUUUUAUUUAUAGAUAUUGCAAAUGUGAACUUACUGAUCCUUUGUUCUGAACUUGACAUCCAGACUUGAGAUUUCUCACUUAUUCACAAAUGUCACAGUUCUUAGAAUGAGCAGCACCUUAGUUAAGUGCAUUUUCAUGAGCUAUAAAUGUUUGCAGAGUGGUUCUUUAGUGACCAGUCCUGCUGCAAGUGUAAGACAAGUUGCAGUUUUUAUUUAAAUUGGCUGUUGAUGCUGAAGUGCAGUUCCUUUCAUAUGUGACUGAGAGCCACGGGUCCGACUGCCCAGGCAUGCACUGAAGUUCAGAGCAUCAAUUCCGUCAGCACUAUUUUAAAUUCAAAGGAGGAUAAAUUUCUUCUGUUAUUUUCUUAACAUCUCUCCACCCCCACUGCCACUCCCUCAGAAAUAAAGCAAGCGUCCUGGC